AUGGCGGCGCUGGCGGUGCCUCGCGGCAUCCGGGCGCGCCCGCCGCAGCCUUGCGCGGCCCCGCGGCGGGCACGCGGCAGGCGGGGCGCCAGCACCCUGGGCACGCUGGGCGCGGCGGCGGUGGUCCUGGCCAUCUCUUGGCGGGCCUGGCACAGCGGCGGCGAUGUGGCCGGCGGCCCGCAGGUUGACACCCCGGCGUUCGUGCUGGGGGACAAGUUCGCCAAACAGGCAGCGCCACCCACGUGCUCCUUUGCGAUGGGUUUCGCCCUGUACUUCUUCGGCGGGGGGGGGAAGGCGUCCGAGACGGCGGCGAUCGUCAUGAUUUAUUUUGGCGCACAGACUGGCAUGAAUCUCUACAUGAAGAGCGUGUUCUCCCAGGUGGUCGUCGAGGAAGGGUUGAAGGGAAUUCCAAUUGGAUUACUCUUGUCGUCAAUCCAGCAGUUCGUAGCGUUCAUCACGUUCUGCGUAUUCCUCUUGGUAGGCAAGCUCUUCAGCAUUGGAUACCAGGUAAGGAAGUUGACGUCAAACAACGAAAUCUUGGCGGUCCUUCUGUUCAGCGUGUCGUUUGCGCUGAACAUCGGCCUCAACAAUUUCAGCUUGUCUCUGCUGGCGAUAUCCAUCAACAUGCUCAUCCGGUCCUGCCUGCCGCUCUCCACCCAGAUCUCCCAGUGGCUCUACGACACGGCCACUUCCAAGGAGAAGAAGGCCUUUGUGCCGCUGGAGUGGCUCCUGAUGCUGACUGGGGUCGUCUGUGCCGCGCUGGCCACCUAUGCCAAGAGCCAGGCGACGGGGGGCGGCACUGGAGACUCCGCCGCCCUGGUGAUGGGCGUCAUCGUGUGCGUCGCGAGCAUCUUCUCCGGAGCACUGAACAUGGUGCUGGCCGUUCCGGGCGUUCGCAGAGGCACGAAGAUGAAGCUGAACGCCGUGGACUCUGUGUGCUACAUGGCCCUGCCCGCGGGGCUGGUGCUCCUGGUCCCCGCGCUGCUCGUGCCCCACCCGAUGAGCCGGUGGGAGGGCUUCGAGGGCAGGUACAUGACCGACUGGGAGGCAGCCACGGUCGCGUUGUCUUUAUUGCUCGGGCUGGAGUCUGUGCCAGCCGGCGGCUAUGGCACCCUGUUCCUCCUUGCAGUGCUCGGCAACCUCGGCGCGUUCACUGGGUACAGCCUGCUCAAAACGAAGGCAAAGUGAGCGUCUGUGCUGCAGCCGCUACUGGAGCCUCUCUGACUCCCGUUCCUCUUCAC